AUUCAUUUGCUUGAGGGCGGUGAGGGAAAGGGGGGCUCUAAUUUUACUAACUACGUCUCUUCUUCGCACUAUGAUCCCGUUCGUAUUUUGCGCUGCCGAUUACAGUUCCCGGAUACGUGUCGCACGGCCUUUCGCUGCGCCACAGCAUAGAUGGACCUCGACCCUUUCUUCAUCUCCAGCCCUUCUUGCGCGACGCGUUAUUCCACGAGGUCACCCUCCUCAAGUACCUGCAUACAUCUCUACGUCUCUCCAAUCCACGCUCGGUCCUGAAGUGAGACGCUAUAGGCCGAUGGAAAAUCCUCGUUGAAUGGCUUCGAUGCGUCCGCAGCUUCUCUGCACACCUAAUGGCACGUGAUGGGGGUUCGAGGCUGACGGCUGUCUGCUUCCUAGCCUCAUACAUAUGGCUGUCCUGUUCCCUGCAGAGACAUUCCUUGACAGAUCAGCCCCGGCUAUCCUCCUUCUUGCUCCUGCUAAUCGCAGGUGCGGCGGCUUUCUCUGCCAGCCUGUUUUCGAAAUGGCUUCCUGGUGCCGAUGGGAGAUUUGACUCGGAGGCUGUCCUCAAGCAGUCGUCCCUGUUGCCACAUCGGCCCCGCCGUUUCUACAUCCCUUGCGUCAUCUUGCUUGUCAUCAUCCGGCUGGAGAUCGCGCACAGGGUCAUGGACGAUUUCCAAUGCGCCACCGAGGGCGUAGAGGCCUUUCUUCCCGCCUUCUUGGCCGCCUAUGAGCUCCUCUCAUACCGUGCCCCCCAAGUCGUGGUGGACCCCGAUGAGCCACAAGAUAUGUGGGGUAACCCUUUGGAUGACUUCAAGAUCUGGCUCCAGGGCUCCCCGAUCUCCCUACUAUUCAGCACUAUAGUCUUUGGCUAUGGCGUUUAUAUGAUGCACGGCUCUACGAUGAAGUCUACCUUCUACUGUUCCGCUCUAGGCAAUCAAAGCUCGUUCAUCGUGGCCAUGCAGUGGUUAGGGGUCUUAAUCGAUGCGGCCAUCUUGAUAAUGCUCUGGAGAAUACUCUCGUGGGCGAGGACGACGAAGAGCCGCCUUCGGACGCUUGGUGGCAUCCUGGCCCUAGCCUCCCUCGGCGUCUCGGUCCUGUGUUUCGCGACACAAAUCUCCCAGCGUCGCGAGAUCAUCGGCCAUCACCCCUUCAAGGGAGUGGGUUCUCUCUACUUCUUCGACAUCGUCAGUACCGGCCUGCUUAUUUCUACCUUUGUCAUUUCAACCGCGCUUUGGAUUUGCGAUUCCACCGCGUUAGAGCCGACGGCUGUUGCCACCUUCACUUCCGGAAUGAUCGCGAGUAUCCAAAAUGUUCUGUUGACCGGGACAUAUCAACAAACGUCUUCCCCUCAGCCACUGGCGGUGCUUUCCAUCAUUUCGUUUGGUUUCGUUGUCUUCACGUACGCGAGCAACAUGAGAUGGAUCGUUAUCUUCAAGCGGGUAUUUCUUCUAUCAUUUCUGGUUUUAAUUGUAUUGACUUCGGCAAUAUUUACCUCGACGAGGAGCAAGACGUUAGGCCGCCAUCCAGUAGAUGACCUCGUCUAUAACGGUAGAGUAGAAUUAGACCGUUGGCUACGACAUGCGAGUAUUAGUACGACGCUCAGACUUGCGGUCGCCGUAUACAAGGAAAAUCAUCAGGGACGCGACCCCCCGCCGCACUUCGACAAGUGGUUCGAGUUUGCGCAGCAGCGAGAAUCUGUGAUCAUCGAUGCGUUCAACCAGAUCGAUAAGGACAUCCAGCCUUUCUGGGGGCUGAGCCAACGGCAAAUCCAGGAUCGCUUCGAAAAAGCAAGGGAGCUCCCAGGCAUUUCUAUCAUUACCAUUGCGGAUGGAAAAGUAUCUCACGGUCCACUCGCCGACCCUUGGGAACAAGUGGUGAUAAGUGAGGCAGCGACUAUGAUUUCAGCCUUUGCCGAGUUCCUCCCCGACAUGUCUAUAGCUAUUAAUUUAAGGGAACGACCUAGGGUCUUGGUUCCUUGGGAUGAUGUUCAUAGACUGACCAUGGCUGGAAGCAAAAGCCGGUUUCAGUUCAUCCCCCAACGCUUACGCAGCCUUCACGGAGGUGAGCCAGCAGACGACGGCCCAACCGAAGCAUCCAGAGCGCCCUUGGGGUCAACCGCCCAACCGUACGUAUCAGCGAAGAAAUUCCGUCAGCUCGAAGCCCUAGCAUGCCCGCCUGGAUCGGCUGCCCGCGGAGGUGUACACUGGGACGUCAGGGACUUUUGCUCGUCUUGUGUAAAACCGCAUUCCGAAGGACAGUUCGUGCACGACUGGGAGAUGUUUCUCGAUCCGUGUCACCAGCCGGACAUAUUCAACCUCCACGACUUGCAUACGACACCUCAUUUCCACGACUUGCACCAAGAUCUUCUGCCAAUCUUCAGCAGAUCCAAGACCGACAGCUUCAAUGACAUUAUCAUACCGCUGUUCGGCACUUGGCUCGGGGGCGACGCGGAUACGCGGCCAUUCAAUAACAAGUUAAACAUCGUAUUUUGGCAAGGCGAUGCUAAAGAUUCGCAAAUCAUGACACCUCGGUCGCUGCACGGCGGGCACCGGCACCGGCUGGUUCAUUUCGCCAACAACGCUAGUGUCGCCGAUAAAACCUCGAUGCUCCUAAACGUCGGAGUAGACGGGAAGGAUAAGUUCCAGUAUGAAGAGGUGCAUGUCCAGGCAGCCAACCGGCCGCUUCCGCUCGAAUUCUCGUUUACCAACGCCGGGAACUGCAACGAUGCGAGCUGCCAGCUUCUCGAGCGGGAGUUCGGUUUCAGGGAGCCGCCGACGUCGCUGCUCGACUACCGGUACGUGAUGCUGCUCGACAGCGCCGACGGGCCGCCGCCGACCCUGCUGCAGAUCCUGCGGUCGAACUGCGUGCCGAUGCUGUCGUCGGUGUUCCGCGAGUGGUUCACGGACCGGCUGAUGCCGUGGGUGCACUUCGUGCCGGUCGACCUGCGGUACCACGGCCUGCACAGCACGGUGGCGUACUUCACCGGCCUCGAGGGCAAGGGCCCGGUCAACGGGCGCGAGCGGCCGGCCAAGGGCCGCGUCGAGGACGCGCGCUGGAUCGCCGACCAGGGCCGCAAGUGGGUGGACAAGGCCAUCCGGCGAGAGGACAUGGAGGUCUACAUGUUCCGCCUCCUGCUCGAGUGGGGGCGGGUCAUCCAAGAGGACAGGGACUCGUUGGGCUUCACGCUGUGAGCGGGGAAGUUGUCAACGCUGGUGGGGCCACUGCUUGCUUGCGGGUACUCACUGGUAUGGGAACCGGAGAAUGGCGUAGGAUAUAACGAGACGUUAUACCCAAGAGUGGUUGGUAUGGUGAUGGAGCUGGGGCUAGAAUGGUAGGGUUUUGAUUUGGGUGCAUACCCCCAGGAGGGGGAUAAUACCUUGGGUACUUAUAUAGAGCAUCUCUUGCAUGUGUAGAGUCUCUUGAGGUGGCAUUCAGAUGGGUUUUUUUUGUCAGCUAGACUGGUUUGUACUCAGAGCUUGAGCGGUAGAAGCAGUGGUAUUCCUAGGCGCAUAAUAGGAGUCCCUGACUUGAAUAGCAGGAAUAGUUUCGUCUACGUUCUUAUAUAGGGCCUAUGUACAUACCUAUAUACAUAGAUGUGUAUAUGUAGAUCAUCAUGGUGUUGUUGUUUUUUCCCAAUGUCAGCCGUCGCCCUCGUCCC